AUGACUCCAACGAUAAGUUCUGACAAAGAAAAACAAAGAAACACCAUACUAGAUGACUCUAAUGACACCGGAAUGGAUAACUCUAAUGAUGAGACUUCAAACAAAGAAACACCAUACUGGAUAACUCUAACAACACUGGAAUGGAUAACUCCAACGACAAGUCCUCAAAGUAAAAGACAGAAAAAAUACCAACUGAACAACUCUAAUGACAAAACACCAGAGUGGAUGACUUCAACGAUGAGUUCUGACAAAGAAAAAGAAACUGAAAGACUAAAAAUAUUAAUACUCUAA